GGUUGGCACCAUGAGGAAUGGAGUGUGUCUUUGAUAUGUGCUGUAUUGCAUUCUCCCCCCUCCCUCUCUACUCAAGCACUUGGGCAGAAGGGUGAUUCCCCUGCUCCCAUCUCGCCUCUCUCCCCUCUCCACUCCCCCGACUCUCUGGAGGAGCUCUCUCUGACCGAGAGUCCCAACCAGCCCCCUACUUCGGGAUUCGCUGCAUCCUUGGUCUCCUUCUCCACCGAACCCCCCACUACUCACCCCAAGGACAUGCCUUGGGUGGGUGAAGAGGGGGACUCUGGACCGGGCCUUAGUAAGACUGAGGAGGAUCUUCUCGAUCCCUUAGCCGGUCCUUACUUGAGCUUAGGGAAAGACCCAGGGCGUCAUAAUCCAUGUGAAGACAGCGGGGUUUCCGUUUCGCCCGAGGAGAAGAUGAUUAGCUCAGACAGGUCCUCCACUGGCCCCUCCCCCGUGAACCCCAAGAUGAAGGUCCCUGAGUCUCACCUUGCCUCCUCUAACCCAACAGAGCCCUGGGAUUCACCAUUCCUUGCAUCUCAAGACAACUCCAAGGUCUCCAUGGAUUCCUUCUCCAAGGACCCGGCUCCCGUUAGCUCUUCCGGGUUUGAGCCAGACCUGCACGACAACCAGUCCGACGAAGAUGAUGACCUGAUGUACGAGGUGAAGAAGAAUAAUAACCCAUUUGAGGGCUUUUCCCCACUGGCGGACAGUGGCUACUCCCACUUUGGAGACUCCAAGUCCGACAGCAGGGCCUCAAAAAUGUCAGAGAGUCCCACUCCGGACCUGGUCCAGUACGGCCUGGCUGGAGAGUCCCAGGAUACCCCUCCGUCUUUCUUAGACGAUGGGAAAACAUUUGAGACCGGAAAGAUGGCCGCCGACUCGCUCAUGCAAUCGGUGAACCAGUUCUCGUCUGGUCUGAAAGAUCUGGAGGACGACGAAGACGACGAGGAGCAGGAAGAGGACUCGGCCUUGCCACCGUCGCUCCCAGACAUCCUGAAGUCGUCCCCGCUCAACCCAGACAAAAUGGACUCCGGCUCCUCGGAGGGAAGCCCGGAGGAGCAGAGUCCCAUCCUGGAACGGAGGAUGAUGGAGUCGCCCAACCCUCCGAUCAACCUGUCGGCCAACAACCCGUUUGCCUUCGAUGCUAAAGUGUCCUUGCUGAAGGAGAUGACCGAGCAGCUGGAGGUGAAAGGCAAAGGAACCGCCGACGACAAAGGUCUCGACGCAUUCGAUCUGGUCAAAAAAGCCGAGGAACCCACCCCCGUCGCUGUGAGAGAGGAGGAACCGGUCAAGAUUGAGCAGAAGGAUUGGUUUUCGAGCCACGAUGCUCCCAAAAUGACCAAAACGUUUGAGCCUCUGGACCUGCACAGCAAAAAGACCCCCACCGAGGAUUCGGACUCGGAGUCGCCAACUGCAGACUCCCUGUCCCCGGUCCUGGAAGCCAUGGCCAAGAACCCCUCCAUCUUUCAGGUGGAAACGGAGACAAUGGACCAGAAGAUGGAGAUGGACAUGGAGGAGCCGGAGAUAGCCGAGGAGGUCUCGGAGCACGAGGUCUCCUCUGAAGAGUUUGAGUUCAUCGAGCGACCCCCCAGGGGUGUCAUCGACGAGUUUCUCGAGGCUCUGGAUACUUCCAAGUUUGCCUCCUCCAAGCCCCCGGAGAUCCCCAUGGAUGACGACGAUCUGGGCUUCGGGCAGAGGGACCCGGCUCCAUUCUCUGCUCCACCUGUGGCAAAAGUAGCCCCGCCCCCCCUCGAGGAGGCUCCAGGUCGGAGCUCCUACCUCCUCCUCACGCAGGCCUCCCCCCAGAAGACCAAGGCCGAGCUGGAGAAGCUCGACACCCAGGAGCCCGCGCCCCAGGCUCCGCCCACCCACCCCCCCGCCCACAAACCAGAGGAGGCGGUCCCUAAGAAGGAAGGCGGGACCGUGCUCAAGAUGCCAAACGUGAACAUGAGAGCAGGUAAAAUGACGCAUCUGGUUUACUCC